UAUUAGUAAUGUUCUUUUGUUUAUAUAUAAAAUGUGCGGACUUCGCAUUCAUUAAUUAGUUCAUACUGAUUGAGUGAACACGGAAUUUUAAUAUUUAAUUUAAUUUAUUUUAUUUUAUAAAUUAUUGAACUUUGUGACAGUGAUAAGAAUAAGGAAGAUUAAAGAACUCCAAAAUGAAGACAUUCAUAGUAUUCGCCGUUGUUAUCGUCUGCUGCUUUGCCCAAAGAUCGCCGUACGCUGGGCGACUACCCAUUGGGUACCCUUACAUUGAACCCAGCACUGCCGCCCCCACCACUGCAGGAUUAGGCAACAGAUUUGGAGAUGACGUUGGCACAACAACAACCAUCAGACUGCCUCUCGAAGCUCUUGGAGAUGCUGAACUAGUCCGCCGGUUAAGCAAACUGCCAAUCGAACACCAGCCCUUCUGGCUUCUCAACUGGAGGGCUUUGGAAGAAAACAGGAAUCGCCCUCAGACUUACCCUCAAAGAGGCAACAGUUUCAUUGAAGAUAAAUUCAACGCUAACUCCCUACAGCUAAAUAGUCUCCAAGGCUUUGAAAAAAAUUAAGACUGGCCGUUAAUAAUUAGAAAAGAAACAAUUUGAUUUAAGUGUUUGAAUACAGAACGAGACUGAUGUUCCAAAACGUUAAGAAUUUUAAAUUUCGAAAAAAGAAUGUUGGAAUGAUUUUUAAAUUAGUCAUGUCACGUGACUCAUAACGGUAAUGGUUUUAAAAUCGCUGUCGCCAUUACUAUUUGGUGAUUAGGUUGAAGUUAAAAUUAUUUUGUAAUAGUCAAAAUGUGAUUAGUCACAAAAGUCUUAAUAGUAAAGACUGUUAAUUAGAUGUAAUUAAUUUAUGAAUGGAAUUCUGCCACUAUUAGAUGUAAUUUUAUUGUAACUCAAUGUUUUAGAACAGUAAAAGAUGCUAUUUAUAAUGUA